UCGAGUUGUGUAUUUCGUUUUUCGAGCUUUGACGUUAGGAAACUUAUCCUUUUGGUGACUAAAUCGGAAAUGGAGUGCCAAAAAAUGCUAGCUCAAAAAGCAGACAGCGCUCCCCAGAUUCCGGAAGGAAAAGGAAAAUGCGUCCUUUGCGCAAUCGCAGCGGAGCGAAUCUGCCAGCGCUGCGGGGAUUUCUACUGCUCCAAGAACUGCCAGCUCCAGGAUUGGCCACGUCAUCGUUACAUCUGCUUCCCGCUCCCCGCUUUAGUUCAUCCCAAUUCAUUUUCGAUCUACCAGAACAACGAGCAGUUAUCGUCGAAUAAGGGAGCAAGUUCUGUUAAUACUGAUGAAAUUGAAGUUGAAACAGCUUCCGCUACAUUUCCAAAGAUCAUUCCGGAUAUAAAAAAAAUAUGCAAUAACAGCAAUGUUCCAUCAAAAACUCCUAUUGAGGCUCCGAUUCCAAUCGUCUCGGAUAACAUUGGCAAUAAAGAUAAAAUGAAAAACGCUUCUACGCCAAAAGCGGUAGUGCCGCCGAACAAUAGUCUGGUGUACAUCACGGGAUUCCGAUCUGCCAAUCGGUUGUAUGUACGCGAUGCCAGCGAAACUGCUGACAAGGCAUUUAACCAAGUCUGCGAAAAGAUUAAUGCCAUGGGAUCUGAGCUGCCCAGACUGUCAAAGCCAAGGCCAUAUUCCGUCUGCCUGGCUCGCUCCAAUGGGAUGUACCACCGUGCCAAGGUGAUGAGUACCUACGGCAAUAACUCAAUCCGCUUAGUAUUUCCGGAUCAUGGGAUCAUAAAGUCGGGAACUUUUUCGGAUAUGAGAGAGAUCAAUGAGGAGCUUAUAUUGCUACCCUGUUUUAGUCUGCAGGUGCAGCUCAAGGAUGUGCAGAACUACGCUGUCACUGAGGAUGUCACCACGUUCAUCUCUCAAUUCGAGGGCCUGAAGUAUGUGGCAAUCUUUGAAAAAAACCAUGGAGCCAUUUAUGUGGAACUACUUCAUCCGACAACGAAAAUGUCAUUAAAUAAACAAAUUCGUGAGUUCUGCACCAACAAAAAUGUUUUACGGAACCCAAUUGAAUAUAAACCGAAUGAGACGCCUCAUCCAAGUCACUCACCUAAUCAACAAAUUCUCAAAAAUAAUCAAGCUGUAAUAGUUCCUAAGGCCAACAAUACUCAACUUGAGGCUAAAGAAAAAAAGAUAGAACAAAUACAGACUAAAAUUAAGAGUCAGAGCGAUCCCAAGGACCCCCUGUCUGUCACAGACAAAAUUAAAGAGACAACAAAUCAGAGUCGACCAACCGAACAGGAAACUACCAAAGUCACUCAGUCUGAAAAGAAAUCAGAAAUAAGUAAAACUGAACAACCAAAAUCAGAGGCUCCAAAAGCAGAAAAUGGAACACAAGAAUCCAUAAAAGUUGUCGAUGCAAACGUAAAGGAAAAGAACGAUCAGGUUGAAGGAGAAAAAACUCCCAACGCUAAUAAUAAUUUUCAAAAAAUAAUCCCCAAUGAUUUUUUUGCUGACUUUUUACGUGCUUACAAUAAGACUGUCAAUGAAGAAGAUGCUAAGAAAUUAAAUCCAAGAGAAAUGUUGAAUGAAUUUCUACAUUUACACGGAUUUAUGCAGAAUAAUAUAGAUUCGCCUGCCGUCGAGCUUCCUAAAGAACUUUCACCAGGUUCUCAAAAUGAAAAGAAAAUAUCAGCCAAUCAGGAAUCGAAAGAAACCAGUCAACCUGUAGAAGAAAUAUGCAAAACUUUAACUGAACAACCUACCAAAGAGGAUAAAACUAAAGAAGUUGAUGUAAGAAAUAACUUUAAUUCUAAACCAGGUUUAAUAGAUGACGUACCAAAAAGAGAUCAACUUCCAACUCUUACUGAUCAGGAGAUCAAAAGAAUUCCUGAAACUUUAUCAAAACCAAAAGAUGAAGAAGUAAAAGAAUUUCUAAAACAAUGCUUAGCUUCAAGAACUCCUUCGCCAGCUGCGAGUACCAAAAGUGAUCGAGCACAUCCAUUGGAGUUACCAAAACAUAAUGAGAAUUUGAAUUCGAUGCCUUUUUCUAAAACAAAUCUCCAAGUAAAUGGGAUUGUAAUGCCGGAAAACGAACCUGUCCUAAAACCUCCCUUUGAGCUGCGACGAUUCUCCAUUGAAAAUAAGAAUGGCAUCGAUGUAUUCGUUGUGGACAGUACAAAAAAGGAACGCGGCGUUUUUGGAGCAUUUGACAGCGGAUACGCCUCGGAGUUUUCCCAAUUGCACACUCGUCUGUCAAAAAUGACCGAUUCAAAUCCCUAUAAACCUGUCAUUAAGGAAUAUGUGCUCGCCCGAUUUGAGGGUUUGUGGCAUCGUGGACGAGUGGAGCAAAUUAUAACCACAGCACAGCAGGAGACUAAGUACAGGGUACUGUACCUGGAUUACACCAAUGUUGAGAACAUAACUGAGUCGGAUAUUCGACGCUAUCCAUUAGACUUCACCACUUCUUGUAACACAAGUCUGUGUGUGAUUGACGAAUUUCCACAUAAACUGAAUGCAGCUCAGAUCACUUACUUAUCAGAGGCUUUAAAAGUCCAUCAAUCAAUUCAUGUUGAUAGCGUCAACUAUCUGAACAAUAUAGCCAUGAUUAAAUCGCGAGCCCUGAUUGAGAAACUUAUGUCCUUGUAAUCCGAAUUUAUAUACUCCACGUGAACCGCAUGAUAUGAUG